UCUCCGGUGAUACCAGUCCAGCCUCGCAAUGUAUCCAACCAUGUCCAACUACAUCCUAAUAGAGUACUCCAACUCCUCCGACGGGGGGGCGGCCUCCCUAAAUUUCACCACCCUCCUACCCCCCAACAUAACCCUCGACUCAAACUUAACCGCCGAUCAACUAAUCCCCGAUUACCUCAACGUAACCCGCGAACUCCCCAUACAGUAUGCCCAACCAAUGUACGGUUACGUUAUGCCGUUGUUACUGCUGAUUACGAUUGUAGCCAAUACUUUGAUAGUGGUUGUAUUAUCUAAAAGGCAUAUGCGGACUCCAACUAAUGCAGUUCUGAUGGCGAUGGCAUUGUCAGAUAUGUUUACGUUGCUUUUUCCCGCGCCCUGGUUGUUUUAUAUGUAUACUUUUGGGAACCAUUAUAAACCACUGAGCCCUGUCGGCGCGUGUUACGCUUGGAAUGUGAUGAACGAGGUGAUACCAGCCCUGUUUCACACCGCUUCAAUAUGGCUGACUCUUGCGUUGGCUGUGCAGAGGUGAGUGGAAAUUCUUCAAAUUUUCAAAUAUUAUUCGAAUUUUGUAAAUAGUAACAGGAUAAGUACAAGAAUUUACUCACCGCUUCAAUAUGGCUGACUCUUGCGUUGGCUGUGCAGAAGUGAGUGGAAAUUCUUCAAAUUUUCAAAUAUUUUUCGAAUUUUGUAAAUAGUAACAGGAUAAGUACAA